ACGUUUUCCAUAAAAUUGGAUAACUAUUUCUAGGUAGAUGUCGCCAUAUACGCCGGUAUAAGUUAUAGCACAUUCUGGCAAGCCCACUCUAACACGUUCCCUUGAAAAAGGAAACACGAAGCAAUUGUGGGUACGUACUCUGUAGUCCGUACUAUAUUAUACGUUUAAAAUUUCCAUUUACUGUUAAUUUGUUCACACGGCUAAAUUCUAAUUCUAUAUGCAAUUUUUCUUACUUAAUUAUAUAUUGUAAAGAACAUUGCUUAUAGCAAGCCAUUUUAAUUUCCAGUAGUACUUAGCAUCUUUAAGUUUCGUCUAGCGUAGUAGAUUGGCUGGCCUAACUUUUAAUUAAGGAAAUACAGUACUUUCUCCAGAUUUUAUCUUCUUAAUUUCCUUUUUUCCGCCUUCUUGGAUUAAAAGAGCGAGGAAUCGUAGACCCCAAAAAUAUCAGUACUGGGAACUAAAAGUACUGGAUUUGGAUGCUAUUCAUGAUCAAAUUAUAUAUAUGUAUCCCCAUAAAAUCAUCGAGGCGUAAAUUUAAGUCUCCUACGUACGUACAUAUAUAUAAGCUAGCUAGCUAGCUGUCUUUCUCAAGUACUGUUCAUGGAUGCAAUUAUGUUAUUAAAGGCUUUUGUAUUGCUGAAAAUACUUGGAUAAGCAUAAAAAAUUAUUUUGACUCCGGACAUCUUCGUCAAAUCGACGCUGAGGAAGCUACCAGGAACCACCCCCCCAAAUUCCCAUAACCCAUGUAUAACCGCUUUUACACGCAAUAUCCGUGAUUAGAAUUUGGAACGCGUACCGCCGCUUACUCACCAACUUCUCCCAAAAUCCUAUAUAUAUACAAGCAACCCCUUUUCCCACGUCAUGAUAAUUCUCUCCAAUUCCCCACCUUUAACCUUUCCUUGACAAAGUCUCUUAAUUUGUAUAUUCUUCCAUUUUUUAUUUUUUUUUUGUUUUUUUUUUUUUUUUCCGUUGAGAUGGCAGAGAAACCAUCCCACUUGAAUGGAGCAUACUCCGGCCCCUCAGUUCCACCACCCAAGCGAUACUAUCGCCACAAAGCCAGCGACGACGAAGGGUGCGGCUGCCUUCUGAGUUUCCUCUUUAACCUCGUUCUAUUUGCAGGCCUUGCCGUCCUCGUAUUCUGGCUCAUCUUUCACCCCAACAAGGUCAAGUUUCACGUCACCGAUGCCUCUCUUACCCAGUUCAACUUAAACACCAACAACAGUACCACUACGCUACCCUACUAUAAUCUUGCCGUCGACAUUACUGUCAGAAACCCCAACGAAAAGAUCGGCAUAUACUACGACAGCAUUGAAGCUGGGGCUUACUUCGAGGACCAGAAGUUUGGUUCGGCGACGCUUACCCCAUUUUACCAAGGCCAUAAGAAUACGACUGUUUUGAAUCCGGCGUUCAAAGGGCAGCAAGUGGUUUUGUUGGGAGCCGAUGAGCUUUCAAAGCUUAAUUCGGAGAAGAGUGCUGCUGGGGUUUUUGAUAUUGAAGUUAAGCUCUAUCUUGGGAUUAGGUUUAAGGUGGGUACGGUCAACACUUGGCGGGUUAAGCCGAAGAUCAAGUGCGAGUUGAAAGUUCCUUUGAGUUUGAAUGGAACAUCACCAUGUGGCUUUGAGACAACCGAGUGCCACAUUGAUUUUGACUUUUGAGUCAGCUUGUUCAUGUUUGAGAUUGACAGUCUUAAUUUGUUUUUGUUUUUAUUUUGCUAUUACGAUAUUGUAUUUCUUAAUUUUAAGCAGACAUACUCGAUGGUUUGUUACGACGUUAUAAUUGCUUAUAACAAGUAACACGGUCCUUGAGUGUAACGUCUAAUAUGUAUGUAACAUCGUUAAAGUCACAUGCAUGUAUUGAUGAUGCAUAAGUCAUGCUGUUCUUUCU